UUAAUCUAUAAUUAUCAAAUACAAACAAAAAUACUACCUAGCAUUUUAUAAAAAUUUUCACCAACUAAUCAGCUGCCAGUAGUCAACUAGUACAAACAAACAGUCCCCGUAUUUCGAAAGGCCACACACACCCAUGCCAGCUGCCAGGAUAGACGGCCACACACACACCCCACGCAUGUGCCCGCGCACUCGCUGAACACUGCUCUGCUGCUUUUCGAGUUGCCGCGGUGCCCACGCGAACACACCUGACAGCUGACGUGCAGAGCUCCCGAGGUCGGCCACCUGGCCCACCUGUAAGCCCAGGAGGGCUAGAACGGUUGCCUUCAGCACUUUCGGAGCAUCCCACAACCCACGUCGAUCAGAAGAAGUUCAGAACCCACCCACUUGCAGAUUGCGGUCUCGCGGCGGAGGCGUACCAGUUCACCACGCAAGAGAGGGAGGGCGCUAGCUGGUGAUCAGCGCAGCGAUGCCGAUGCUCCCGCCUGCCGAGCGGCCGCGGCUGACGCUCGAGGACUACAUCGUCUUCUUCACCACCCGCAGCGGCGCGGGCCUCAACCUCCACCACCUCAACGACAUCAUCUACAUGCACGGGUUCGCCAAGCUCCACCGCACGCCCAAGCCGGCGAUGGUGGACGCGCUGAGGUCGCUGGAGCUCAUGCGCCCGCGCCGCUCCACCGUCCCCCUCAACGCCACCGCGCCGCCGCCGGGCGCCGCCACGGCCGCGGCCGCCGUGCUCUCGGCUGAGGAGGUCACGCGCGGCAUCGAGGACCUCCGCUGGCGCGAGUGCCCCGCCGACUCCAUCCUCUCGGUCCGCGCCGGGAUGCGGUCGCCCGCCGCGGCGGCGGCCGAAGCCCCCAUGCCCAUCUGCGCCAUCGCCCCUGGCUCCGCGGAGCGCACUUCCCCGCCGAUCCUGGUCGGCGCCUCCUCGCCCCUGCCGCCCGCUCUGCCCGCCGCGGCCAGGAGGAAGCGUUCCCGGACGAGCAAAGCGGAGGCCGCGAUGCGGAGGCGCUUGUUGGAGCUGCUCACGCUCCCGUCCCUCGAGACGGCUACCUCGGCCUAGCGACGGCGCCCCACGAACUGUUUCUGCUCACCGGUGGUCUACAGUCACGACAGCGGCGACGGCGAGGUGGUACUGCUACAUAUAUACAAGGAGCAAUACUGUUCUAGUGUUCGGAUGUCCUUAGAUUAACUAGAGUUUCCUAUGAGAUCUUUGUUUGUCACUUCGUAACAAAAGAGCGUGAUCAGUAUGAUUUCAUCAAAGUUAGGUACAUUUUGGAAAAUGCAGUAGUAGCAUAUGAGAUUGUUCAUAGCAUUAAUAAGUCAGGAGAAAAGGGUGUUGUUUUUAAAUUGGACCAUGAAAAAGCUUAUGAUCAGAUUAGUCCUUUUUGA